AUUAUAUUGUUUAGAAUAAUAAAUGACCGUUUAGAAAGCGUUAACCAAGAGCUUCCAUCUAGCGAGCAUCAUUUUGACCUAAAACGGCGAUAUGAUUCGUCUUCCAAUUUUGCAGAACUCGUUGACGAUUUCAACAUAUCCUCUAUUAAACGAUCUCUUGCUAGAUCUGCUGAAGAUCUAGUAGAUGUAGGAUUCGUUUUAUUUAACCCUUUACGUUUCCGUUUAGAUGCUGAAUUUUUUGAAGAUUCCAAUUCUGUGCUUGUGAUUCCAACGUCCACCUCCGGAAUAGCAUCCGACGCUAUUGAAUUAUUUUGCACCUUGUUAGGCAAAUCAGAUACAAUUGUUGGAGCUUUCUCGUGACCAGCGUCCCUUUUGGGAAUAACCUCUGCAUUGUUUUCAUGCUCUGUAGAGGGAUGCGAACUUUGCUUAUCAAAAUUAAUUUUAGAUUCAAUGUAGGACAACAAGUGUUGAUUGACAUCUAUCUCGUUUGUCGGUUUCGCAAAGCGAUCCUCUACAGUAGGCAGUAUAGCAUUAAUUAAAGCUGAAUCCUGUGUCGUAUCUCCAUUAGCAGGUACUUCAGAAUUUGAAUCAUUCACGGAAAUCUUCUUUUCUUUUUUCUUUCCUUCUAUUAAAUUUAGAGCAUUCACUCCGGAGGAAGCUAAUUUUGUUUUUCUUUUUUUGGCAUCUUCCAAAAUACUACGGACUUUUGGGGCGCUGUCCUCACCCUCAAGGUCAAUUUCAUUUAAAGGAUUCGGUUCCAAUACACGCUUUCUUAUAUUUGAUCGAUUGCCCUUUUUUUUAUGAUGGAAGCCACACAUAUGGAGGUAAUGGCAUGAAGCUGUUAUUCAGAAGUUCCACUCCCAACCUCACCCUCGAAGAUCAUUUUUCUUGAUCUCAUGUACAGGUGAAUUUAGGCAUAAAAUGCUUACAUUGAAGUCGUGCUUCAGGAAUACUGCAAAAGCUACUCGUUUGUACCGGGUUUCUUGUUCAAUAAAAGCUCGAACCUUUAUUACAACUCAUAGACCAUGCGGUGAAGAUCAAUUGAUUAAGGACGUGUUCGAUCAGAAAUGUUAUGGGAACAAUUCUAAAUAUGCAAAUAAAUUAGAGCAAGUCGGUCUGUUUAAAAAUCGAUUCUUACUUGACCAAGAUCAAGGGUUCAUAAGGUUAGCUGAAACUGCCUCGAUGAACUGCAAGAAGCUUAUUGAAGAGAUUUUGAAUGAUGAUAAUAGUAAUACUUUAAACAUAAUUCGCUGCUUUGAUCGGAUUUCGAAUUUGCUUUGUAGCGUGAUUGAUCUUCUGGAAUUUGUACGAUGCUCUCAUCCUCAAAUGGAAACCAUUGUCAAAGCCGAAGAGGCAUACAAUCUUUUAUUCGAACUGAUGAAUAUUCUAAACACGCAUCAGGGACUCUAUAAUAAGCUAAGGGAAUCAGUGUUACUUAAUCCCUCUUUAGCCAGCCAAGAUCCUGAAGCUUAUAAUGUCGCAAAGGUCUUCUUACAGGACUUUGAAAAGUCUGGCGUAAAUCUUGAUGAUUCUUCACGGGACAAGUUUGUAAAACAAUCCAUGGAAUCGUCAACAUUAGGAAGAAAGUUCUUUAACCGUAGUAUGAACAGACCUCAGCGAUACAUAUCAGUUCCCUUGGAUCUGUUGAAGGGUUCUGAUCCGUAUUUUGUAGGUAGCGUUUAUGAUGAGAAAGAAAAAAUCGCUCUUAUACCUACUGUUGGGUAUGAAGGAGCACAAGCUCUCGUAAGUAUUGCUAAUCCUGAAGUGCGUAAGCAGAUAUAUAUUCAAGGACAUAAAGGAAGUGACCAGGAUAUAUCUCUUUUUGAAUCUUACGUUGGUUCAAAAUACAAGCUCGCAAAUAUUGUCGGGAAAAGUAGCUUCGCUGAACUUCAACUACUUGAUAAAAUGGCCCGAUCACCAAGUUGUGUUAUCAACUUCUUAGAAAAUCUAUCAAAAGAAAAUUUACCGAAAGUACGCCAGAUACAUUCACUAUUUUCUAGGAUGAAACAAAUGGAUUUAGGCCUAACAAAUCUUCCUGAAGUUAACAUAUGGGAUCGAGAAUAUUACGUUACUAGGUACAAGCAACAAUUAUUCCAAAGGAAAUCAUUCCUUACUUCAUCCGUUAAUUAUCAAAGGGAUUAUUUGACUGUUGGUACCGUUAUACAAGGAUUAUCACGCCUUUUUAAUUCGCUGUAUGGUUUACGCUUUGUUCCAGCCGAAGUUAUGCCUGGAGAAAUCUGGGAUUCCGAAGUCCGUAAAUUGAAUGUCUUAAAUGAGAAAAAUUGUUUGAUUGGCGUCAUCUAUUUUGAUCUAUUCACUCGUCCAGGGAAAACUGACGGUGCCGCUCAUUUUACCAUUCGUUCAUCUAGGGAACUCGACAGCAUCAGUAUAAACGAUUCUUUAAGUUUGGGAUUCUCUGACUAUAUAUCCGAGAAAAAUCAACAAGUUGCAUACCAAAUACCUAUAAUAUCACUCUUGUGUAACUUCCAAAAGUCGAAUGAUGACCGUUCUUCCUGUCUUGAUUUAUGGGAUGUUAAAACAUUGUUUCAUGAGAUGGGACACGCUAUGCAUUCUAUUCUAGGAAGGACCAAAUAUCAAAAUUUAGCCGGUACACGUUGUGCCACAGACUUUGUAGAAUUACCUUCUAUUAUUAUGGAGCAUUUUAUGGCAUCUUCUGAAGUGUUACCCUUAUAUGCCCGCCAUUAUCAAACUGAUAAACCUUUCCCAUCUCAAAUAUUAGAACACUAUAACCAGGUUGAAGACAGUUGUGUGGCAUUGGAUCAGCAAUCUCAAAUAUGUAUGUCCAUGAUUGAUCAAGUUUUCCAUUCUGGUGCUGUCUCUAAACCUGACUUUAAUUCCGUCGAUGUUGUCCAUCAGAUUAGCAACCGGUUCAGUGGGUUUGAGUCAGUUCCCAAAACUUCUUGGCAUCUUCAAUUUAGUCAUCUAUACGGAUAUAGUGCAAGCUACUAUUCGUACCUUUUUGAUACAGCUCUGGCUUCUUUGGUAUUCCGGAAGUUAUUUUCCAAGAACCCUUUGAAGCGUGAAGCUGGUGAGAAAUUUCGAAAUACAAUCUUAAAGUGGGGUGGAAGUCGCAAUCCAUGGGAAUGUAUAGCUGAAGCAUUAGAAGAUCCAGUUUAUGCUGAAGGUGGAGAAAAAGCAAUGCAAAGGAUUGCAAAUAAUGCUUUCAGUUUUGGCGAUGGAAAAAAUUAAUGAUUAUAAUAUUUGACAUGGAGAAGGUGAUGAGAGGAUACAGUCUAUUUAGAAUGUGUAGUUAUGAAACCCAAAAAUUAUGUAUUAUUUUUCCUGUGUAAAUGUGUUUUUUUGUUUUAGGUAAAAUCGUAAGGCUUAAAAUAAGAUUUGAAGUCUUCUGCA